AUGGGGAUCACUGUAUCUUCUGACCCUAUCCUAGUCACUGGACAUGUCCUCCCCAUGCUGAAAAUCCACUAUGACAAUGCUGCUGCUAGUAGACCUGUGAUCCUGUUUGUGCUUGUCCCUUUACAUUUGUCUUUGCACUUGUAUCUUAGGCAACCCCCAUGGGUAACAUCAGUGAACUCAUUGAUACUACCUGGACGGAAAGAGAAUGGUGACAAGGAAGAGCCAGGAUGGGACCAUGAGGGAGGGCCAGCAAGGAACCACGAGGAAGGGCCAGGGAGGAACCAUGAGGAAAGACCAGGGAGGGACUACCAUGAAGGGCCAGGGAGGAACCGUGAGGAAAGGCCAGGGAGGAACCACCACGAAGGACUAGGGAACCACGAGGAAAUCCAAAAGGCCAGGAAGGGACCACCAUGA